AUGGGAGGAGCCUGAACGGGGUAGCGACGUGGCGGGUAUAUAAAGGGCGUGAUGGCGGUGGCGUGUCAGUGUAGUGCUGUCUGUGCCGCAACCAUGGUGGCUCUUGUCCUAGCAGCGGCCAUAGCGACUCUCACUUCUGUCAUAACCGCACAGGAACCUCCUACAGCAGGUUCGAACUGUUACCGAAAAUGCGUUCCUGGGGACAGGAGGCUCUGCCACUUCACCUUCGAGGUCCAUCCUUAUCAGACUAUGUCCAGGGCGUGUCACAACUGCCCAAGAAAUGCGUCUGACUGCUCUCUACCUGACUGCGUGCCCGGUGACGGCGUGCAACGGAGAAUCAUCGCUAUCAACAAACAGAUGCCAGGACCUCCUAUUCAGGUAUGUGAAGGAGACACGAUCGUCGUGGAUGUGAAGAACCUCCUUCCCGACGGCGGCUUGACAGUCCACUGGCACGGCUUGACAAUGCUCGGGGUCCGCGAUGGCAUCCAAUACCCGAGCACGCCCCACAUGGAUGGCACUCCGGGUAUCACGCAGUGCCCCAUCCACUCGGGGGGCUCGUUCAGAUACACCUUCUACGCCCUUAAUCCUGACCACUGGUAUCACGCCCAUACAGGAUUCCACCGCGCCGACGGUGUCCUCGGAGCCAUCGUCAUCCGUCAGCCACCGGGGAAGGACCACGCGACGGGCCUCUACGACUACGAUCUGCCGCAGCACACGAUGGUGAUCCACGACUGGCUACACAUGCCCACUGAGGAUAAAUUCGUGUUGAGACACCAUGGCGGCGGCGACGACUUCCCGGAAUCCAUGUUGAUCAACGGACUCGGACCCCACCAGAAUAUCGCCGCCACACCCACUUCUGCCGCCAUGCCUUACAAGCGGUUCAAGGUGUCGCCAGGAGCGAGGUACCGUUUCCGCAUCAUCAACACGGGCAUCCUCAACUGUCCCAUCACAGUCCACAUCGACGAGCACCAACUUACCGUUAUCGCGACAGAUGGUAACCCCGUUGUGCCCACGAAUGCCUCCUCUGUUGUCGUUUAUUCAGGCGAGAGAUGGGACGUGAUUGUCAAAACCGAAAACACCAAAGUCGGAACCUUCUGGAUCAGUUUCAUGGGCGGCGUAGACUGCGCCCCGUCCUCUGCCCACCAGUUUGCGCUGUUCGAGUACGAGCAGGUGGGACAGUUCUACAAGACCCCGGCGUACGUGAAGCAGCAGGAUGGACAGCAGGAGAUCCCGGACAGUGUUCUGCUUCGCCACAUGCCCCCCAAGCCCGUGUACACAGAGGCUCCUCCAGCCGGCGUUCAAGUGAACAGCAUCAACAGCGCAUGUUACGAUGACCUGAUCUGCGUGGCUGGCCUGAGGUCACCGGUGCCAAUGCCCGAAGUGCUGAGGACGCCGAGAGCCAACUUCACGUUCUAUUUGGCCUUUGAGAUGAGACAGAUCCACAAUGCUCAUUUCUACUCUCGUGCCUUCUACAAUUUCGAAUCAGCGGACGAGGACCAGCAGAUCCCAACGCCACAAGUUAACAACCUCUCCUUCGUCGGACCGUCCACGCCCCUGCUGCUGAGUGGCGGCCGCUACGACACCCGUGUUUGCUCGCUCGAAAAUCCGAUUCCCGGACGAAGCUGCCACGACGACUACUGCGAGUGUCUUCAUAUGUAUCACGUGCCCUUGGGAGCCACUGUGGAGAUGGUGUUCAUAGACGAAGGCCAACACGGUGACGAGAACCAUCCCAUUCACUUACACGGACACCACUUCUGGGUGGUUGGCAUGGACCGCCCUAACGACGUGGUUGGGGCAGCCAUUACGAGGGACGAGGUCAUUAAUUUGGACAGGUCAGGACAGUUAAUGAGAAACUUCUACCACCCAGUGCGAAAGGACACAGUUACUAUCCCUGAUGGAGGCUAUACCGUUGUUCGAUUCAUUGCAGAUAAUCCAGGGUACUGGUUAAUGCACUGUCACCUCAUUUUCCACUCUGCGGCCGGAAUGGAAGUGGUUUUCAAGGUCGGGGAAGUGACCGACAUCCCUCCGUCUCCACCUGGCUUCCCUUCCUGCGGGAACUUCAAAUACCAUGGCCUCUGAACACUCGCGGGAACUUCAAAUACCAUGGCCUCUGAACACUCGCGAGAACUUCAAUUUCUUGACCUCUGAACAUUCGCGAGAAUUUCAAUUUCUUGACCUCUAAACACUCGCGUGAACUUCACUCUGACCUCUGAACAUUCGCGAGAACUUCAAUUUCUUGACCUCUAAACACUCGCGUGAACUUCACUCUGACCUCUGAACACUCUCGAGAACUUCAAAAUCCCUUGACCUUUGAACACUCUCGUGAACUUCACUCUGUUCUCCUACACGCCCAACACCCACGAACUCGAAAGGGUUUUUUCCCUAAUCUGCUGUGGGUAUUUGAUCUCUUUGACCUGAUCCUCGGGGUGGAUAGACAGAUUUUUUUUAACAUUCCAAUCUAUUGGUACUGGACCCUUGAUCACCUCUGGAGGGUGGUCUGUGAUAAUUCCAAGAAGAUAUUUCGAGACUAUUUUUUUCUUUAUGGCAUUACCUGAAGACAGAUAGUUUAUUUAGUGUAUGAUUCGUUCCUUGAUGUUAUUUUGAGUCGAUUGUGUCUGUAUAUAGUACUGAUGAUUCUGUUAAAUAUAAAAUAUUGUCAGUAUUCGGAGUGUUCUUAUGGACUUUUCAAUAAGCUUAUAUUCAAGAUGGAAUUAUGAAAAAAAUAUUGUACAGUGUCUUUUUUGGGGCCACCGGCCUAUAAGAGUCUCUCUUCCUACAGGAAAUGCUUGUGAAAAUGAAACAGUCAUGUGGUUAAGAUAGUGAUUUAUUUUACAGUGAAACUCUAAUCGAACUUAAAUUACCAAUGAUAAAGAAACAAACUGACCCACAAAAACUAACCAUUCCUGGAAAAAUAAUAAUUCGAUGAAAAAACAUGGAAACGAAAAUAUGAUUCCUGAAAAGAGAAAAAAAAAAUCGAUGCCAGAAUAUGAAAACGGAAAAUAUGAUUCCUGAAAGAGAGAAAAAAACAUUCGAUGCCAGAAAAUGAAAAUUAAAAUAUGAUUAUCGAAUAGCCUUUAGUGAUUAAGAAUUGGCAUCGUGAACAAACGUUUCUAGGUAAUAAGUAAUAGAGUGGCUGGAGAAGACUCGGAAUCUGUAAAUUUCGUGUUGAUAUUAGUCAGAUCUUUUUACGUGUGUGUAUAUCUCGCAUAAUAAAAUGACAUUUAGGUGCUAAAACCGACUGUUUAAAAGGUGCUCUCUGUAGAUGCAAUCUCCCAAGAAAACGAGUGGUAUGUGGGAGCCUUUUUUAAUGUUAACUAAGAGUGAUUAUGAUUUUCUUGUGUUUUAAUAAAAGGAAAAAAAAUCAAC